AUGGACGAGACAGAGGCUGAGGACGAGUCCGGCGCCGAGGAGGCUGCGCCCAUUGACUUCGACAAGAUCGCUAAGAAGAUGCACCAUUCGCUUCGUCAGCUACACUCAGCAGCCAAGCGCAGCAAGCAGUUCGAGAUCCAGCGCCUCGUCAAGCGCAUCAAGGGCGGCGGGCCAUCCAGCAAAGCAGAGGCAGGCGAGGACCUCGAGGAGCAGCUCACCGCACUGAAGGAGAUCGACCUGGAUAGCAUUGCCUCGGCAGCAUUGCUGGCGAAGCUGUCAAAGGGCAAGCUACUUCCAAAAGGAGCAGCUGCAGAGGGGCUGAAGACAGAUGAGGCACGGCAAGCUGCGAAAGGAGUCGACGAGUGGCCGCUGCUGCAUGGAGUUUGGAAGGAGGAGAGCCUGGCGAAGACUUGGACUGUUGGCUCACGAGCUGGCGAUGAGCAAGCUGCAAGUUCUCCAGAGAAAGUAAAGGCCAGGUUGAUGAGCAGUAAGGUCCUGGCAGAGGAGACGGCCAAGGCGGUCGAGGGACUGAGCAGACUUGUUGGUAAGCACGGCGAUGCUACUAUUGCGCAAGUUGGUACAGAAACUUCGACAUCAGAAGUGGGCAAGUCUACUGCUACUACUCAGCUGGACACGAAGGCGCCGAAAGCAGCCAAAUCUACUGCGAUGGCUACAGCUGCUCAGGAUGCAGAACGUGAAUGGUCUGGCUCAGAGGAGGACGAGGACGACGACGAGGAGGAGGACGCAGAAGGCGCACAUGCCUCCGAAGGCUCAUCUGUGCAGAAUGAAUCAGACGACGAGGGUCUCGAUGAAGCGGCGAUACAAGAGCAAAUCGCUCAGCUGGGCGAUCUCGAUCAGUGGGAUCACCUCAUCGGAGGCAGUGAGAGUGAAGGGGGCGAGGACGAUGAAGCGGCUGACGACGACAGCGACAGUGAAGAGGAAGAAGCGGUCGCUACGCCGACGAGUGCAGCAGCAAAGAAGCGAAAGAGGUCUGCCUCACCGGUAGUGAAGCGACUUAAGGCCAACAAGAAGAUCGCCAAUGAUGUCAAAGCUCCGCAACCCGCCUCAAACGACGAUUCGGCCUCCAGCGAGGAAGACGACGAGGACGAUGCCUCAGACGCAGAGUCCGACGCAUCCUCGUCUUCUUCAUCCUCCUCUCGAUAUCUCCCCACCCUCUCACACGGCUUUGUAACCCACUCCCUUCGCACACGCGACGAUGACUUCUCGGGCGGCGAAUCAGACGAUGACUUCGAGGAGGAUGUGGAGGACAAUCUGCCCCAGGGCAAGGGUACGAAGGCUUCCGCAGGCCAGCAGAAGAAGAACCGCAUGGGACAGAGGGCGCGAAAGGCUCUUUGGGAGAAGAAGUAUGGGAAGAAUGCGAAUCACGUCAAGUUGAGGGAGAAGGAGAGGCGAAAGAAGGAAGGAGGAAGUGAGGGCAGGAAGGGUGGGUAUAAGCCACUGAGGAGGGGAAGGAAUGGGCAGGUUUUGUCGGACUUUGUGGAGCCAGAGAGGAAGGAUAGCGGAUGGAAGCGCUUCCCUGUUGCUGCUGCAGACGAGAGUGCGAAGCCACCACCGAAGGCCGCAGCGCCUGCUGGCCGAGAAGACGUCAAGGGAGGACCGUCACGUCGCACAGCAGCAGCGCUUCGCUCCUCCAGCAGCGGCGAAGAGCAAUGA